AUGGAAUCCGCCGCCCCGACCGAGAAACCGCAAAAGCAAGACAAAGAGCGCAAAGACCAAAAAGCAGCGGCCAAAGCGCAAAAAGCAGCGGCCCACAACCAACAAUCCGCCGGCGGCGGCAAGAAGAAGGCAGACGACAUGGCGCUCAUAGGCAUCACGGUGGCCAAGGCCGACGACCUGUCGGAAUGGUACCAGCAAGUCAUCCUCAAGGGCAAGAUGCUCGCCUUCACCGACAUCCCCGGCUGCUACAUCUACCAGCCGGCGUCGUAUCGCAUCUGGGAGUUCAUCCAGGACUUCUUCAAUGCGCGCAUCCGCAAGAUGAAGGUCAAGAAUUGCUACUUUCCGCUGUUCAUUAGUGAGGCCAAUUUGCAGCGGGAGAAGGAGCAUAUUGAGGGCUUUGCGGCGGAGGUGGCGUGGGUGACGGAGGGGGGGAAGAAUAAGUUGGAGAAGAGGCUGGCCGUGCGUCCGACUUCCGAAACCGCCAUGUACUCCUUCUACAGCCAGGAAAUCCGCAGUCACCGCGACCUCCCGCUGAAAAUGAACCAAUGGAACAACGUCGUUCGCUGGGAGUUCAAACAUCCCAUGCCCUUCCUCCGUUCGCGAGAAUUCCUCUGGCAAGAAGGCCAUACCGCCCAUCUUACCCAAGAAGAAGCGGGCAAAGAAGUCCUCGAGAUCCUCGACCACUACGCCUCCAUCUACGAAGACCUGCUCGCCGUUCCCGUCGUCAAAGGCACCAAGACGAAAAACGAGCAAUUCCCCGGCGCAGACUACACCACCACCAUCGAAGGCUUCAUCCCGGCAGUGGGCCGCGGCAUCCAAGCCGCCACCUCGCACUGCCUCGGCCAGCACUUUGCCAAAAUGUUCGACAUCCGCGUCGAAGACCCCAACCAAAAAGUCAAGGAGGGCGAAGCGCGCGACAAAAUCUACGUCUGGCAGAACAGCUGGGGUUUCACGACGCGCAGCAUCGGCAUCAUGGUCCUCAUCCACGGCGACGACAAGGGCCUCGUGAUCCCCCCGCGCGUCGCCGAAAUCCAAGUCAUCAUUGUCCCCGUCGGCGUGACGGCAAAAAUGAAAGACGCCGACAAAGAAGCGCUCUACGACCAAGUCGAGUCCGUCCGCCGCACGCUCGAAGACGCCGACGUGCGCGUCGAAGUCGACUACCGCGAAACGUACAACACCGGCUACAAGUUCAACGACUGGGAGAUGAAAGGCGUGCCGUUGCGGCUCGAAUUCGGCCCCAAAGACGCAGCCAAGGGCGUCGUCACCUCCUCCCGCCGCGACAUCCCGGAUCCCGCAGCGAGCAAAGCCGAGCUCCCCAUCUCCUCCAUCGCCACCGCCGUCCCCGCCCUCCUCGAGCAAAUCCAAAACGACAUGUUCGCGCGCGCGUCCGCCGAGUACGCGGCUCACCGCAUCAUCGUGCGCGAAUGGAAGGACUUUGUCCCCGCGCUCAACGACAAGAACGUCAUUCUCGUGCCGCAUUGCACCGAGGGGGAGUGCGAGGAUGAGAUCAAGAAGGAUUCCGCGGGCGUGCAGGCUGAGGGGCAGGAGGUGGAUGUGCGUGCGCCGUCCAUGGGGGCGAAGAGUUUGUGUAUCCCUGCUGAGCAGCCGGAGGGGGGCAUUAAGGAGGGCAUGAAGUGUGUGAAUCCCAAGUGUGGGAAGGAGGCGAAGAUGUGGGUGAUGUUUGGGCGGAGCUAUUAG